AUGGAACAGGUCCCCAUGGGAAUCAACGCUAAUUAUAUAUUUUUCGAAGCCUAUCAUUCAUGGCGUGAGGCAUUACUUGUCAACUCUAAUUGGUUUAUCGUAACUCGAGACCAUCCCAACACUCCCAAAGAACUCAUAACGGAAGGGUCUCCUGCUCGCAAGAACGGUCAAACAACUGCGUGGCAAAUCCGACGUGCCUCAGAAACAAUUUCGGCAAUGCUAGACUACAAGGAUUUGUUGGAUCACGAAUUGUUGCCACCAGAGGGUAGUCGGGCUGGCCCAAUGUGUAUGAAUCAAUAUCGCUUGAUGUAUGGUAUCACUAGAGUCCCGAAGCCAGGUUGUGAUGUGUUGGUUGGCUCACAUCCCGCACCAGCGAGACACAUUAUAGUCCUGAUACGAGAUCAGAUAUAUGCUGUUGAUGUGGUUGAUGAACGUGGGCGCAUAUCGAUUGAGGAUAUUGAAAAGCAACUUCAGAAGGCUGUUCGAGAUUCUACAAGCACUAAAGCAGAACCGGCUGUUGGUCUACUCACAUCAGAGCAUCGUGAUACUUGGGCUCAAGUACACAAACAAUUAGAGGACUUGUCUCCAGACAAUCAAUACUCCUUCUCAGUCAUCGAAUCGGCACUCUUCGCUGUCUCACUAGACGACUACUGUCUGCCACUCACCACUGACAACCUCAGCAAAAGCACCUUCCACGGAAUGACCGCACACAAUCGUUGGUUUGAUAAAUGCAUGUCUGUAUGUGUAAUGAACGAUGGUCGUGUCGGCCUCAUGGGAGAGCAUUCCCCUUGCGAUGCUCUCAUUCCAGCUACAGUAUUCGAGUAUGUCGCCAACCAUGAACCUGUCCAGGACCCAAAGAACGUGGUUUCGAAACCUGAUUUGAGAGCUCCCAUGAAGAUGACAUGGAAGGUUGAUGCUGCUGUAAUAAAAGCUAUUGAUGUGGCAGGGAAGAGUGCGAAAAAGAUUAUUGAUAAUAGUGAUGUUACCGUUUUGAGAUUUACCGAGUUUGGAUCUGAUUUUGUUAAAAGUAAAGCCAAGGUUAGCCCUGACGCAUUCAGCCAAAUGGCCAUGCAACUAGCCUACUAUCGUAUGCACAAACUUGUGACUGCAACAUAUGAAACGGUCUUGACUCGUAAAUUCCUUCAUGGACGAACUGAAUGCUGUCGAUCAUGCAGUGUUGAUAGUAAAGCCUUUUGUGUUUUGAUGGAUGAUCAAACUGUCACUGCAUCUGAGAAACUGGCAGCACUCAGAAAAGCGUGUGAUUCUCAUGUAGAAUACGUUACCGCUGCCUCUAAUGGGAAGGGCGUCGAUCGUCAUUUGAUGGGUUUACGAGUGCUGAUGCAAGAAGGAGAAAGUGCUGCUAUAUUUAAAGAUCCAGCAUACUCGAAAUCAAACGACUUUAGACUGUCUACGUCGGGCCUGUUUCCUGGAGAACGAAUGCUUGGAAGUGGGUUUGGAGCUGUCUGUGAAGAUGGCUAUGGAAUCAAUUACAUGGUUGCACCCAAACUGAUCAAGUAUGGGAUCGAAUCUAAAUUCUCGUGUCCUCAGACGUCGUCCAGCAAGUUUGCGAAACAUCUGGCUUGUGCUCUUAUUGACAUGAAGACGCUCUAUACGGAGGGAAGCUUGAUGCUAGAACGUGUAGAAGCCAUGCUUCGAGCUAUAUCGCCAGAAUCAAACGAUGAUAUCAUCAUGACGGAAUUCAUGGAUGGAAUUCACAUAUACAAUGCAUAUGAUUAUCUGGAACAGGUUGCCGUUGUCGAGUUGUUGUAUGAGUAUAUUGCCCAGCAUCCAAAGAUCAAGCUGAUUGUCCUCGAUUCGAUAUCGUUCCAUACCAGACAAGGUGUCACGGACGUCUCAUUGAGAUCAAAACUUUUGCAUGCCAUGUCAUCAAAUCUAGUCAAGUGUGCUGAAAAGUACAAAGUAGCUGUUUUAGUAACGAAUCAAGUAACCACCAAAUUCAACAAGGACAGCGCUUCAAAGCAACAGAUGCCAUCCGUGCUCGUACCUUCACUUGGUGACAGCUGGGGGAAUGGAUGUAAUCAACGUGUUAUAGUGUUCUGGAAGAAUGGAAUCAGAACUGCUGUGCUGACAAAAUCAUCAAACAUGCGUGAUCAAACAGUCACAUUCACAAUCACUGCUGAUGGGAUUCGAGAUGGAACUGUUAAAACACCAGAGCCAUCCAGACCGAGAUAUACAAACCAGCAGCAAUACCAACAAGGAGGGAGCCGGCAUCAAUCCAUGUCUAUAUGA